UUAUAAUAUAUUUUUAUGUUUAGCUCAUAAAAAUGUAAGAGCAAUCUGGACACAUGGUGGUCUUCUGAGUGCGCAGGAAGCUAUUUGGAAAGGCGUACCAAUGAUCGUAAUGCCUUUCUUUGGAGAUCAAAAAUCCAACACAAGAAUAUUAGUAGCUAAAGGCGUUGCCAUAUACUUGGACAUUACAACUUUGUCCACGCAGUCGAUAUUACACGCAGUUGAAGAAAUACUUUAUAAUGAAAGUUAUACGAGAAACAUGAAACGGUUAUCCAGCGAAUUCCGGGAUCGGCCAAUACCGCCAUUAGAUUUAGCUGUUUGGAGUGUUGAAUACACCGUCCGCCAUCCAAAUGGAACUUUAGUAACACCGCUGAGAUCUCAGAGCUGGAUGGAACGAAAUCUGAUUGAUGUUUACGCAUUUUUAUUUCUUAGUUUCUUCAUAAUAUUGUUAAGUAUAUUCUUUGUAAUAAAACUAUUGAUUAAUCUUUAUUAUAAUUAUGUGUACACUGCAUCUAAUUUACGCAAGAGUAAACAAGCGUAAGUCGCAUUAAAAUGUAUUAACAGGCUUUGCGUGCUGUAUAUAAUGUUAAUGUAAAGAAGUGAAUAUAACAUAAAUAUCGAAA